AUGAUUGUAGGCGAUGCAGCAGAGAAUACAGAAGUGAAAAUUCUCAUGCUAACUCUUCUGAGGCCUUUGUCAGAGAGUUGCUCUGAAACAGCUAGAAGCAGAAAAUGUUUAGAAAUACCAGGAGCUGAAGAGAAGACAAGACAGGAAAAGGAAAAAAAGAAAAAAGGACAGCAUAUCUUCCCCCAAGAUGAUAAAAAAGGUACUUUGUUUUCUGGUAGUACAGGAGAAAAACUGCCAGCUGAGAAGAUACCACAUCAGAAUUCUGCAUUUGUAAGUCUGCAGAGUGAUAUGCUUUCCCAGAAAAAAACCUCAGCAUCUCAGCAAAUAUCAUCAGGAAGACCUCACAAAAUUAAAGACCUGAAGAAUGAAAUAUUUGAUUUAGAACACAAAUUAGAAGCAUUAAGCUUAGAAAACCACUUUUUGAAACAGCUUCAGUGUCGACACUCGAAAGCAAUAGGUAGAAGCAACUUGCCAGGUCUUUUAGCACGUCAUUAUAAUGAGGUGAAAACUUUACAGGAGCUCCUGGGGAUGUCUCAGAAGGAUGAGAGAAAUUCAUCUAGGAAGCUCAGAAAAGUUGAAGCAGAGCUGCAAAAAACUAAAGAGGCUUUGCAAAUCUUGCAUAUGCUUUCAGAAGAUAAAACUCUUGCAGAGAGAGAGGAACUUGAGCACAGAUUAUCAGUCCUUACAGAAAAAAUGGAAGUGAAUGAUAAGAGAAUACAGAGUCUAGAAAAGCAGCUGAAGUUGAACAAUAGCACCUUUAGUCAUCAACUGGCAAAUGAGAACAAAAAAGUUGUGGAAGCUGGGAUAAUUACAAAGAACUUGCAAAUGGAAAUUAACUCUCUUCACCAAAAAAUUAAGGAAAAGGAUCGGCAACUUUAUGUAAAUAAUAUCUAUGCAAAUAAGAUGCCUAAAAUCCUGGAAGAAAAAAGUGAUUCAGUAACUCAUGAAAAAAGUCUUAGUAUAAACAGAUCAGUACAAGUAGAUGAACAGAGUUUUGGAUCACUGCUGCUGUCACAGCACCAAACUGAGAAAGAAAAAAGUCCAAUUUAUCUAACACAGGAGAAAAAGUCUUCAGAAGACAAGAAUCGAACUACUAAAGUAAAGGAAGCUUACACAGAUGCCCGAUGUAGAACAGAAAAGUCAUCAAUCAAGAAAAUACAAAAUCCAGAAACUUUUAACAGAAUGUGUAGAGAUUAUUUAAGGGAGAGGACACUCCUGAUGGAAGAGAAUACUUGUUUGGAAUUCAUGAAAGAAGAAAAAGAGACAGAUUUGCUUAAAUGGGAAAUUAAAAAGCUGGUGAAAACUGAAGAAAUUCUUCUAAGUGACAGUGGAAAAGAAAACAAUCAAGAGAAAGACGCAGUGGAAGAAUAUGAAAAAGAAGAAAAAAAGACAGAUGAAGAGCUAAGUAGCAGUGAGAAGGUAGGAAGUAAAUAUGUAACUCCACAUCUCAGAAACAAAACACCCAUUAGGCUGAAAAAAACCAACAUAUUCCCAGAAGCCACUGAGAAUUUGCAUCGUGGCCUUCUUACGUUGAGCACCAAACCAAAAAAAGGCAGCCUUUGCAGCCAUAGACAGGCAGGUCAGGACUGCAGUGAAGCAGCUGAAUCAAAAGUAAAAAAAUCCUUCAGGCUAUAUGAACCAUCUUUUGGUAAAGUUACCAAAACAAGGCUGAAGGACCGCUGCACUGAAGUGGAAGGCUGCGCUCAUAUGACAUUUGCUGAAAGGCAAAAAGUCUUAUGA